AUGGCGUCGCAAGCCGGGGUACAGAAACCUCAAAUUCAACCGUGCCGGUACAAGACAGGGAAAACACUGGGGGCAGGCUCUUACUCGGUGGUAAAAGAAUGCGUGCAUAUAGAUACGGGAAGAUACUAUGCUGCCAAAGGCGUGUUCAUCAAUAAACGACUCAUGGCUGGUCGCGAGCAUAUGGUGCGCAAUGAGAUCGCUGUUCUAAAAAGAGUCUCGGUGGGACACCGAAACAUUCUCACUCUCGUCGACUACUUCGAGACCAUGAACAAUUUAUACCUUGUGACAGACCUCGCCCUCGGUGGAGAAUUGUUCGAUCGUAUCUGUCGAAAAGGCUCCUACUACGAAUCCGAUGCCGCCGAUCUAAUCCGCGCCACCUUGUCUGCGGUCGCAUACCUUCACGACCACGGCAUUGUGCACCGCGACCUCAAGCCAGAGAAUUUACUAUUCCGCACGCCUGAAGACAAUGCGGAUCUUCUUAUUGCAGAUUUUGGUCUGUCCAGAAUCAUGGACGAAGAGCAAUUUCAUGUCUUGACCACAACGUGCGGUACACCGGGCUAUAUGGCGCCAGAGAUCUUCAAAAAGACAGGGCAUGGCAAACCUGUUGAUAUCUGGGCGAUCGGCGUCAUCACCUACUUCCUCCUCUGUGGCUAUACACCCUUCGACCGUGACAGCAAUCUUGAAGAAAUGCAAGCCAUCCUGGCAGCCGACUAUUCCUUUACACCAGUGGAGUAUUGGCGCAAUGUUUCGGACACCGCGCGAGACUUCAUCAAGCGAUGCCUGACUAUCGACCCGCGGGCGCGUAUGACCGCCCACCAAGCCCUUCAACACCCUUGGAUCAAGCCUGAUGACCCGGCCAGUCCGGAGAAAGCGGCUGGCGAAGGACAAGAUCUCCUACCGACAGUGAAGAAGAAUUUCAACGCAAGAAGGACGCUGCAUAAGGCGAUUGACACCGUCCGCGCGAUCAACAAGCUCCGUGAAGGUGGUGGUUUAAUGGCUGGACAAAUGGACGGGGCGAUGAGCGUGGAUCCCAAACCAAAACCUGAAAUGGUCAAUGGGAGCAAAGUGCUUAAUGACCAGGGACAACCGAUCCAAGGCGAGGAAGCUACGGGCGGUACCGGACCUUCGCAAGGUGAGGCAGGAGAUGGAGGACACGAUCUAGAUGCCAUGGAGAUUGAUUCUCGAGGCAAUGCUCGCGGCCAGACGGAGGAUCAAAUACGAAGACAGCAGAAGAAGAUCGCCGAUACUGUCAGCGGCAUGUGGGGGAGUAAACACUAA